GUCCCACCGCCGCCGAAAGCCCACAGAACACUACUCAGUAUUGUAAGGCGACACUCCGACGCGUUUCUCACGGACUCCCCUCGCCUGCUUCCCUGCUUCCCCAACGAGAAAGAACCCCCCCCCAAAUCGCACCCAGGACGCACACUCGGCACGGGCAGCAGCACAGCACCCACCCACCCUCGUCCGUCUUCCUACCUACCGCCGUCACUCCUAGCUCUCGCAAAAGAUGUCCCUUCUCUUCCCGAACCCGAAAACAAAACGCCGCCAAGCGCGUCCAGAACUCACCGAGGAGCAGAAACUGGAGAUCAAAGAGGCAUUCGAGCUCUUCGACACCGAUAAAGACAACGCCCUGGACUACCAUGAACUCAAGGUGGCGAUGAGGGCGCUCGGCUUCGAAGUCAAGAAACCAGAAGUGCUCAAGAUCCUGCGCGAGUACGAAAAGAACGGGCAAACAGGGUUGAUCGAUUUCGACGAUUUCAACAAAGUCAUGACAGAAAAGAUCCUAUCCCGAGACCCAAUCGAAGAGAUCCGCAAAGCGUUCCAGCUGUUCGACGACGACGGCACGGGCCGGAUUACAUUGAGGAACCUGCGGCGCGUCGCGAAGGAGAUUGGCGAGAAUCUGGAUGACGAUGAGUUGCAGGCGAUGAUUGAUGAGUUUGAUUUGGAUCAGGAUGGGGAGAUUAAUGAACAGGAGUUUCUCGCGAUUAUGACGGAUAACAACGACUGAACGAAGCGUCUGCUGAUGGGGACAGGUUGAAAACGACAUAGACAAUGGGCCGACCGGCGGGACGAGACGGGAUUGGACGGGCGUUGCACCUCAUCAACGCUGAGCGCACAGUAACCAUCUCCCACCCAUCACUGGUCGAUGUGCCCCAGGAAUCUGGAAGCGAGGGGGGCAUGUGAGAUAAAUCACAAUCAAUACAAAAUGGUUCCCGUUCGUAGAAAAAC